ACGCCUCAUCAUGCCCAAAUAAGUGUGUCGAAUAACUUCGUGCUCGGAGAAGGUUACGCGUUUGUCGUUUUGAAUGGAAUAGUAUGGCUAAAUGUCGUGUCGAAUCUGCAUCGACGAAAACGCAGGCUAGCGCUCUAUAGUGGUGUAUUGUGGGAGAGACCCAGAGAGAAAGCCCAGGCUAGAGACACACAAUAUGUGUUGGCUCGCAAAAAAAGAGGCAGUAUCUUCAAACCAUGUAAUGUAAAUCAGCGAACGCGCGCACACUUGAUUGUAAAACUAAUCGAUCGGACACAUUAAAAUGUCCAGACCUGGAGAGAGAAGCAGAGGAGAUGAAGAUCACGGCAAAAGGCAGAGUUCAAGUUUGGCGAACGGCGGCACGGAGAACAGCUCGGCAGAGAAGCGGAGAGAGCACCACUGGAGAAGUUGGAAGUUGAUUAUUGACCCGGCGCUGAGAAAGGGCUCACACAAACUCUACCGAUACGAUGGACACAGUUUCAACAUACCGAAUGCCGGGAUCCCCCCGGUGGACAUGGUCAGGGAUCCCCGGAUCGGUCGCCUGUGGACCCGGUACAAGGAGACCGACCUGCCCGUGCCCAAGUUUAAGAUUGAUGAAUGCUACAUCGGGCGCGUGCCUCCGAAGGAAGUGACAUUCGCAAGGCUGAACGACAACAUCCGGGAGGGUUUCCUUACCGACAUGUGCCAGAAAUACGGCGAAAUCGAGGAGGUGGAAAUUCUGUACAAUCCGAAAAAUAAGAAGCACCUGGGCAUCGCUAAAGUUGUGUUUGGCUCAGUGAAAGCUGCCAAGGACGCGGUGCAGAACCUGCACAACACCUCUGUGAUGGGGAACAUCAUCCACGCAGAGCUCGACCCCAAAGGUGAGAACCGGCUGCGUUAUGUCCAGAGACUGAUAACUGGGAGCUUCACGCCCCUGACCGUGCCAGUGGGAGACGAUGAUGCGUGUGAGGUGUCACCGCGCAGCCUGGCCGAGGCGCUGCUGUCGUCCUGUGAGCCGUUACGUCGUCUCUCUGAAGGUGGGUCCACCAGCACAAGCACCCCGCUCUCCAUGGACACGGCAUAUUCAAGCCUUAGACAGGAUGCUACACCCCAAUCACAGACAACGCCCAUCACGCCCCGCCCUUCUGGCACACCCUUCUCUCAGGACUCUGCCUACUCUGGCAGGCAGGCCACGCCCACCUUCCAGCGUUCCCGGAGGCACGAGACCAAAUUCCAGGACGCAUACAACCGCCGUCCGGAGAGGCAUUAUGUCCACGGGGGUUACCGUGGCAAUGCAGAGAAGCCAAACCCACCACCUGAAGCUCCACCCCCACCUGUCACACCCAAUUUUAAGCCUUCUUUCUCGCCGUACCAGCCCCCCAUGCCCCCCGUUUACCCUCCUGCUGAGCCACCCUUUCAACCAUCGGAUUACAGACACCCUCCUCCUCAAGCCCCGCUCCCUACUACGCCCGAAUUUCACCCAGAACCGCCUCCUAUGCCCGAGGAAACACGGCCUGCCACGCCGACCUCCUGCCCCUCCCCUUCCCCGGACACACCCACUCUGGAGGCAGAGCGUCACAGCCUGGACUCACGCAUUGAGAUGCUGCUGAAGGAAAAACGCACAAAGUUGCCAUUCCUGAACGAAGGUGGAGACUCGGAUGGAGAGGUGCGCAUGGAGGGCAGUCCCAUCUCCUCCUCCUCUUCUCAGCUAUCCCCGAUCCCGCCAUCCUCUGCCGUCCUACGCACACCCCGCCCUCCAAGCACCGGCCUUGAGGAUAUCAGCCCCACUCCACUGCCCGACUCUGAUGACGACGAGCCCAUCCCAGGCACUGCCUCCGCUACGCACCUCCCACCGAGUGCCUCACCGUCAAACACGCACAAUGUUGCGGGGCCACAUACCCCAACCGACAAAGUGGAUACGGGUAACCAGUCGUCAGGGGAGGAUAUGGAAAUCUCUGAUGAUGAGAUGCCAGGCACGCCCACCUCCAGCGACUGCGCUAAGGGCAUUGUGAUGAACUCGGCCGUGUCUCCGAUAGCUCCUCAGUCCAUGCCGCUCCCACCGCCUGGCUUCCCCCCUCUACCCCCUCCACAGCCUGCUUAUCCCAUGCACCCUGCUCACAUGCCCCCCCAUCUCCCUGCCCCACCUCCAAUGCUGCCCCCAAUGCACCCGUAUCCACCGGGCAUGAUGGCCAUGAUGCCUGUGGAGCUGAUGAGCUGUUUGCCGCAGUGGGGCAACGUGCACAUGUCAUUCCAGAUGCAGACACAAAUGCUGAGCCGCAUAGCACAGAGCCAGCGUCCUUACCCCUUCCCACAGUUCCUAGGAGGAACGGCAACGGCAAAUGCAGGUGCCAUGCAGUUCGGCGGUCCCUACCCACACAUGUCCAUGGUGAACACUCCGGGUGGUGGACACGGGCAGCCCUGGCCUUUACCCAGUGUGCCCAAGUUUAACCCGUCUGUGCCACCACCCGGCUAUGAGCCCAAGAAAGAAGACCCACACAAAGCCACGGUGGACGGCGUGCUCAUGGUCAUUGUCAAAGAGCUGAAGGCCAUCAUGAAGAGAGACCUCAACCGCAAGAUGGUAGAAGUGGUGGCCUUCAGGGCCUUUGAUGAAUGGUGGGAGAGGAAGGAGCACUCUGCCAAGGCGACGUCCACCCCAGUGAAGACCGGCGAGGGUAAGGAAGACGAUAAGGAGCGAGUGAAACCGAAAGAGACGUUGUCAUCCAGUCUGUUGGAGACAUGGAGUAAAGGCGAGGGUCUCGGUUACGAGGGCAUGGGUCUGGGGAUCGGCCUGAGAGGUGCCAUCCGCCUUCCGUCCUUCAAGGUGAAGAGGAAAGAGCCUCCAGACCCCGUCUCCACAGGAGAGAGUAAGAGAGCUCGGCCGUCCACGCCUGUAGACGAUGAGCUGGAGGAUGAAGAGUCAGAAAGAGCAGAUGCCCCCUCAGACGGCACCCGAGUGGAUGACGCAUCCUCUACCAAGCGAAGGCACGCCCGUCCUGUGGAGCUGGACAGUGAAGGAGAGGAGGAAGAGGACGAGGAAGAGGAGGAGACGGGCAGGGAGGAGUCUGUGUCCGAACGAGAGGACGAGGCCGAUGUAGACGUCUCGGAGAGACUGUCCACUAGCAAGGAGGCAGAAAAGGAUAACGAAGAUGAUGAUGAGCGCGGGAGCGGGUCUGAGAGUGAGAGCAGUUCAUCUGACUCGUCUGACGAAGAAUCCACCAGCUCAUCAUCUUCUCAGUCUGACUCUGACUUCUCCGAGAGUGACAGCUCUUCCGACUACGAGUCCAGCUCAGAUGAGGAAGAGGAGGAGGAGGAGGAGGAGGAGAAAAAAGCACAGGAGGUCACCAUGGACACAGACGAUGAAGACAGGGAAGUAGUGCCGUCGUCAUUGGUGUCUUCCUCGUCCUCACCUUUGUUGUCCUCUGAGGAAGAGGAGGAGGCAGAGAUGAAGGCUCCCAGCACACCUGCUGCUCCUGUGAAAGAGGAAUGUGAGGUGGCACAGCUCGAGGCAGAGGAGGCAGUGACCACCAUCACUGCUGCUCAGGACAAUCUGAGGCGGCUGUCCCCUAAAGGAAUCAAAGAAGAGUCGGACAUUGAUCUGGAGGUAAGAAAGACAGAGCCCAACCUGGAGGGCGUGGGGACCCUGAGGCCUCCAACACCACCCCAUGCAGAGGAAGAGGAGGUGCCUCGAACUCCAGGUCGUGAUGUCCCUGCCCCUUCAGAGGUGGAGACAUCCACAAUUCACCUGCCCCUUCCCCCUGCUCAUUCUGUCCUCCCGCCCCCACGCCUCUCGAGCGACGAGGACGUUCCCCGCACACCGGGCCGUGACCUUCCCCACCGUUUCAACAAAUCACAGAGCAGUGAAACAGCACCUACUACACCUACAAUACCUGCUACACCCAGCACACCCGGUGAAGCUCCGCCCACAGGAAGCAGCGUGUCACUCAAUAGCCCGUUCCCUUACCCACUGCUCAGUGCGGGCAUCCCUCCCACACCUGGCCGGGAUCUGAACUUUACCCCGGUUUUCCCAGACUCCCCUGCCUCCCUUCCGCUUCAAAGAAAGUCCUCAUCUGAAAAGCCACUGUUCAAAGAGCCUGGCAGUGCCACUUCCUGUUCUUCUUCCCCGCUUCCUGUUGUUCCAGUUUCCUGUUUAGAUGCUGCUACUGUGCCAAUAAAUCAGCACGUUCCACUCAUAGAACUUCCUGUGCCCGACGAUUCUGCUUCCGCAAAGAAGAAACUGGGCCGACCCAGAAAGCCCGCCGUUGUUGAACCUGAGGAUGCCCAAGAACCUCCUGAGGCAAUGAUGUUGCUUCCUUCAGACCUCACGUUGAAGGACACGUUACCCGAAUGUGAAGCAAUACCGGGAGUGCCUCGAGGGUCAGAAGGCUCCGCAGCAUUGGCUCAGAAGGAGAGGGAGGAAAAAGCUGAAGUGAAACAUGAGGAAAUAAAGAAGGACAUAAAGGAAGAAGUGCAGGACGUGGAACAGACAGUUCUUUUUGAAGAGCCACUACAGAAAACACGGGGUCAGAGGCGGAGCUGGGAGACGCUCCUCCUCUCCAUGCACCUGCCCGUGAGGUCGCCACCCCGGCGCAGCUUCCUGCCGCGGUCCGAGUUUGAAGAGAUGACCAUCCUGUAUGACAUCUGGAACGAAGGCAUUGACGAAGAGGACGUACGCUAUCUCAAAAUCACUUACGAAAAAAUGUUGCAGCAGGAUAACAGCCAUGACUGGCUCAACGACACACUCUGGGUUCCUCACCCUCCUACCAGCAGUGGCAGUCUGCCUGGGGUCAAGAAAAAGCGGCGGGAGGACGGUAUGCGUGAUCACGUGACUGGCUGCGCGCGAAGCGAGGGCUACUACAAAAUCGACAAAAAGGACAAAAUGAAAUACCUGAACAGCACUAGGUUACAGUCAGACGAGCCUGAUAAAGACAUGCAGGGCCGGAUGAUCCCAGCUCAGCCCCACGCCUCGACCCGAGCAGGCUCAGAGAGACGCUCGGAACAGCGCCGCCUGCUGUCCUCGUUCAGCUGUGACAGUGACCUGCUCAAAUUCAACCAGCUCAAGUUCCGUAAGAAGAAGAUCCGAUUCUGUAAGAGUCACAUCCAUGACUGGGGUCUGUUUGCCAUGGAACCCAUCGCUGCUGACGAGAUGGUUAUUGAGUACGUUGGACAGAACAUCAGACAGGUGAUCGCGGACAUGAGGGAGAAGCGUUAUGAGGAGGAAGGCAUCGGCAGCAGCUACAUGUUCCGUGUUGAUCACGACACCAUCAUCGAUGCUACAAAGUGUGGAAACUUCGCUCGCUUCAUCAACCAUAGCUGCAAUCCGAACUGCUACGCCAAGGUGAUUACGGUGGAGUCUCAGAAGAAGAUUGUAAUCUACUCGCGCCAGCCGAUCAACGUCAACGAGGAGAUAACCUAUGACUACAAGUUCCCCAUCGAGGACGAGAAGAUCCCUUGUCUCUGCGGAGCCGAGAACUGCAGGGGGACGCUUAACUAACGCUGUAGAGCGGCAAGAAGCAGGGAGGGUGUUGGGGGUAACACACACACACACACACACACACACACACACACACACACGCACACCCUCCACCCUCCACUCUGCAGUUAGAGCAGCUACGUGUGUAGGGCUUUUUAUACAGAUAAAUCCAUCCGAUGAUUGUUUACGAUUUACACACCGGUGCUCUUUAGACCACAACAUGAAUUUUCUACCACUCUUCCACUGAGAGAGAAGGACGGCCACCCCAGUCUCCCUUCCCUUUCCGACGUCUACACACACGUUAUUGUGUAUUAGGCUUGUCUUCGCCCAUCCUCUUGCUUCUUUCCUCUUUAUAGACUUUAUUUCGAUACUGUACGCUCAGAAGGAUCCCUACGGGCACAGGCCUGUCGGUCACUACACGCACACAAAUUCAGUCACACUACUCUAACAUCAGGCUCGCUCACACACCUCAGACUUCCAUCGCCUGCAACAGUGUUUUUUCCACUUGCUUUUUUAAUACCCUUUCCAGUCAUAACAAUGCCGUGUGUAUUGUAUGUUUGUGUAUGUGUGUGCUGCCCCCUGCUGGCUGUCUUCUGUAAUUAUCAGCCUUCAGAAUUAUACUAAGGACGUUUUUUUUUUUUUUUUUUUUGUGAAACAAAUUGCACACAGAUAGACAGAGAAUGAGAGAUAGACAGAUAGAUAGAUAAAUAAAUAAAUAAAUAGAGAGAGUGUUGACCAGACAGCAUCUUUGUUCAGUCGAUGUUAAGUAUUUGACUGUAUCACAUUGUGAUAAUACGGCAUUAAUUACAAUUUAUUAUCACAAUAACGUAUUGUACUGGCAUGACAGUCCUGUCUGUCAUAUAAACUUAUGGAAGAGCUUAGGAAAACCACCAAAAUAAGGGACCUUAGAAGACCACGAAGUGACUGCCAUAUUAAUUGUGUUAAACAUAUCAUGAAUUUAUUUAUCGUCCAACGGAUCAUCAGCUUGAGUAUGUACUGUAGUAUGAAAGUUGGUAUUUCUGAAAACUGCUAAUGUUUAGAGAUCAUCUCACCGUUUAUUCUGUAUCCAUAGAGCUGCUUUCAUGACACCCGUUUAAGCGGAACGCUUGAUCGACGUGUACCUAGUAUUAAAAACGCGCGCACACAUACACACAAUGUAUUAAACAAACACAUAAUGGCAUUUCAUUUCUGAAUGCAAAGCUUUAUCAUGCUGAUCUUUCAUCUAGUGCUCAUUUGCUACCAUGUUCGUGCUAAUUUCACACGCUGCACAACGGUCACUUGUCUCAACUGUAUAGUAUUGUCUUUUGAGCUGUAUUAUGCUUCCUCACACUCAGUGACUGAACAUAGCAUUAAGCUAAUUAGCUAAAUGCUAAGGACAGGAAGUGAUUUAUAAUUGGUGCCAAUUUUUCUCCUUGGGUACAUUCUAAGCAGCGCAGAGCUGUUUUCCACCCUGCGGUGUUCUCUCUGUAAGAAUGUGUGUGUGUGUGUGUGUGUGUGUGUGUGUGUGUGUGUGUGUUUUUGUAACACUAAUACUUUCUUCCCUCUCACCUCCUUCCUGUCAUGCUCCCAUCAGGGUGGGCGUGUCUCUCUCUCUCUCUCUCUCUCUCUCUCUCUCUCUCUCUGCGUUUAUGUCAAUAUUGUACAGACGAAUCGUUUGUACAAAGGAUCAGAGACUUUUUAUUGCGAUACAGUGAGAUAUCGAGUAUCGGUGCAUCUUUUUUUACCAGCAGAACUAAUUUGAGAUGAGCUAUUUUUGGGAGAGCCGACGUGUCGCGUUCUCCCUUUAAAGAUUGUUUCUUGUAGAAACGUCUUUUUUUUUUCUGCCUGCUUUCCUUCAGUGUAAAUACUCAGACUGUGAAUAUAUAAAUAAAUAAGUAUAUAUAUAUUUUGGAGGUGAGGGCUCGCUUGGCGCCACACAGAGAGCGCGUGCAGGAUUUUCAGCUUGUGUCAAGCUUUAUUUUUUAUUAUUUUUCAGUUUGUAAAUUCUAUGAAAGCAGUUUGCCGUGUGUGAUGGAGGGAGGAUGACGAUGCUGCAUCGUUCCCUGACUAUUUAUUACACAAAUGUAUGAAAAACAGAUCAUUGACAAAAAAUAAAGGAUGUUUUUUCUCUUUGAA